CAGGCCAGCCAUUUUGCACGGUAAUAUGGCGUCGCCGCCGGAGAUUAAUAUGGCGUCCUCCGACAUAAUAACCGAGGUGGAGAUACAACCGGACAUCCAGGAGGUCGAGAUAGAGGCGAUCCCGGUGGAGAUACCGUGCGAGACCGUGGAGACGACGAUCGAGGGCGAGGACGGGCAGCCGAUGAUAGCGCUGCAGCCGCUGCCGGAGCCCGGGCGCGAGGAAAUCAUACUCCAGACCCAGGAGGAGAUCGUCGGCGGGGACUCGCUCAGCGUUUACGACCAGAUCCCGGUGCCGGAGAACGACAUUUAUGUCGAGUCGAGCCCCGGGCCGUCGCGGAAGGCCACGAAGAAGGCGCGCAAGAGCGGGGGGGCGCGUUUCCGCGCGUCUGACCACGCGAUCUUCGGCGAGAUGGCCACGGAGACCAAGGCUAGGAAGUGGGAGCAGAAGCAGGUGCAGAUCAAGACGCUCGAGGGCGAGUUCUCGGUAACGAUGUGGGCGUCCGGCACGGACGACGAUGAAGGUUCGAACCCAGAGCCGGAUCCGGAUUACACAGAUUACAUGACAAGCAAGACCAACGCCAAAUUCAACUCAAACAGCUCGGUGUCGGAUGGGAUGCCGGGAUUAGAUCUCUCGGAUCCAAAACAGCUGGCGGAGUUCGCGCGACCAGGUCACAAGCUGAAGGUGCGCAAGCCGCAGGUGAUGGACGGCGUAGAACGCACGAUCGCCUGUCCGCACAAGGGAUGCACCAAGAUGUUUCGAGACAACAGCGCGAUGCGCAAACACCUGCACACGCACGGGCCACGGGUGCACGUGUGCGCCGAGUGCGGCAAAGCGUUCGUCGAAAGUUCCAAGCUCAAGCGGCACCAACUCGUCCACACAGGCGAGAAACCGUUUCAGUGUACGUUCGAGGGAUGCGGGAAGAGGUUCAGUCUCGACUUCAAUCUACGCACGCACGUGAGAAUCCAUACCGGCGACCGGCCGUACGUCUGUCCCUUCGACGGAUGCAGUAAAAAGUUCGCACAAUCGACGAACCUCAAGUCACACAUAUUGACUCACGCGAAAGCCAAGUCAAGGAACGCGAUUGGGAGACAAGUACAACAAAUUCAACUUCAGCAGCCUCAAUACGUCCAAGUUGAAGUUGCAGAUGUGGACAAUCAACAGUUCAUUGUCUACGCCGAUUAGCCCCCUUAAAUAUUGAUCUCGUGUACCCUUCGCUACUGAACAUUAUUACUGAAAUAUCGUAAUCAUUAAUUAUUAAUCUAAACAGUGUAAAUAUUUUCACGAUUUGUGCAAGCGAUAUCAUGGCAGAUGACACAGGCAGCCAAGCAUCUGCCUUAAGAGAAUUAAUGGAAAGAUUGAUUCAUGUGGAAUUAAUACCUCCGUGCUUAGAUACGAAUUAUUUCAAGAAUAUCUGGAGCACUAUAUAUAUAUAUACAGGGUGUUUCUAAAACUAUGUCGGAGAUUUUAAGGGCGUAUUCUAAGGAUCAAAAUAAGAAAAAAAGCUCAUAUAAACAUGAGUCCAAAAAUGCUUUUCCUCCGAGUUAUAACCCCCUAAAGUUGAGGGAAAAAAUCGAAAAAUGUAUUGUAACUCUUGGAGACUUUUUCAUAGAACGUUAAAAUUUUGCACAGCGUAAUAAUUAAUAAUGAGCUUCAUUUUUAUGUGGUUUCGACAAUUUUUUCCCAUGUUUAUAUGAAUUUUUUCUUAUUUUAACCCCUAGAACACGCCCUUAAAAUUUCCGACAUUAUUUUAGAAACACCUUUUAUAUAUAUAUAAUCGUAAAAAAAAAAAUGAGAAAUGGCAAGUAAAGUUAAGUUAUAUUACUUAAGAAAGAAAGAAAAAAAGAAAAAUAUAUAUAUAUAUAUACACCUUCUAAAAGGUAACGCUAGACUGUGACGCGCACUGCUCAAUCUCUUGCGAACAAGUGAAAUCGAGUGCGCUCGCAAAACACCUAAUACACAUACACACAUAUACACAGACACUCGACUGUAUAUAUCUAUAAAUAUAUAUAAGUACAAUUAAAAUAUUGUAUACAGUAUAUUUUGGAGAAAUUCAGAUGAGAAUAAACCACGAAGA